CACACACUUUACAGUUUUUCUCUCAUCCUCUUCCACCUGUUCUGUUCUCACACUCGCACACUGAUGCCUCAGAGACUCAUUUUGACUAUUAUUGAUUGAUUAUAUUAUUUCUGAAGAAGAAUACGCAUCCUUGUAUCACUGGGAACGCUUGUGGAAUGCGCGUGACUGACGGAACGUCUACUGAAAAAAAACUUAUCGGACUGUAAGUGUGAUGAAGAGAUUCAUUUUGUGGACGAUACACUCGAGUAAAGAUCUGUUUUUCAACACAAAUUGAAGUAAACAUUCUUAACACGGCGGGAUUUAUUAAAACAAACGGAGGACACGGUUUUAAGCGCGUUUAGCGUUAAAGUGUGCGGUGUUUUUAUGUGUUUUGUUUAGUUUUUAUUUGUAUUUUAUAUUAAUAUAGGCCUAUAGUAGCCUAUUUUUAUUUUAAAAUUGAAUUAGUAAAAAAAGUAGCCAAGAUAUUAUUUCUCACCGUUUUUAUAGGCUAUGUUGUUUAUUUUCUUAACGGCUCGGAAACAACGGCUACAGACUCAGCAUGUGGAAUAAUGCAUCCUUUAAAACUUAACUCAUCAUAAAGCAGCAUAUAGGCCUAUUCAUGUUGUGACUGAACUCGAGUGCAGUUGGAUAUGGCGAACACUCUGGAGAGAGAGAUCCUGGAGCGGGAGCUUCGUCCACGGCUGUGUUAUUUGACUAAAGGAGAUCGUGGGUACGGGUUUCAUCUGCACGGGGAGCGCAACAGUGGAGCGCAGUUCAUCCGCAAGAUCGAGCCAGGCUCCCCGUCGGACCUGUCCGGGCUCCGGUCCGGCGACCGGGUGGUGGAGGUGAACGGGGAGAACGUGGAGGGAGAGACGCAUCACCAGGUUGUCGAGCGGAUCCUGGAGGUGGAGCACCGGACCAGACUGCUGGUGGUGGACCGGGUCACAGACGAGUUCCUGAAGUUUCACGGGCUGCCGUGUACGGAGGAGAGGGCGAUUGAGAUGGGCUCUCUGUCUGCUCGUUCCUCUGCGGCGUCUUCUCCACGCGCCUCCCCGCGGGACCCCGCCACGCCUAUCUACAGCAGACAGAGCUCAGAGGGCAUCUUCAUUAACAAGAGUCCCAGCAGCCCUGGAAGAGUGAUGAACGGCUCCCCGCUCUACAGAGCUUGUGCCCGUCUGGCGUCGCCCGUGUUCCUGUCUCCGCCGUCGCCCCGUGAACCCAAGACUGAACCCUUCACCGAACUCACUGACGAAUCCAGAGUCACGCCCGAGACUGAACCCGUCUGUGACCUCAUCACUGACCUCAGCACAUCUCAGACCAGCACGCAGGAGGAGGCAUUAUCGGAGGUGGACGCGGUCACGAAAGACCUGCGUCCUCGACUGUGUCACAUGACCCUGGGCGAGCAGGGCUUCGGCUUCAACCUGCACUGCAAAAAGUCCCACCCGGGUCAGUACAUCCGCUCGGUGGACCCCGACUCUCCAGCGGAGCGCGCGGGACUGAGGCCGAAAGACCGGCUCAUCGAGGUGAACGACUGCAGUAUUGAGGGUCUGCGUCACGCUGAGGUGGUGGCGCUGGUCAAGGCCGGCGGGACAGAGACGCGUUUGCUGGUGGUCGAUCCGGACACAGACGAGCUCUUCAAUCGCCUGGGCAUCGUGCCCACAUCUACUCAUCUCAAAGAGGACUGUGUGGACGGGCCGAUCAUCGAAGGCCCCGAGACGAGCACAGAAAGCCCUGUCUCUGCUUCCCCCGGGAUCUCUCCGCCAAUCAUCAACAUCACACUGACCGAUCCACCAAUCACAGACGGCUCUCCGAGACACCAGAGUCACAGGAGCUCCUGGUCUCGCUCCACGCUCUCCGAGACGAGCGCUGAACUCAGCAGCUUCGACACCAGCAACAGGCUCACAGAUUCUGACCCUCAGUCCAGCGAUGACGCCCGCCAGCCAAACCGAGAUGUGAAAUCUGAGGAGCGAGACCCGUUCUGGCAGAGCGGUCUUCAACUGAGCCUGACCGCGGCCGAGGCCAAGCAGAAAGCCCGGGCCAAGCGGGCCAACAAGAGAGCGCCCCCUAUGGACUGGAGCAAGAAACAGGAAAUCUUCAGCAACUUCUGAGGAGCGCACACAUCUGAAAGCUCAGA